AUGGCGGCGCAGGAGUAUUACAAUCCGGGCAGCACGUCCCAAACCCGACCGCCUCCGCCGCCGUCAACAUUACAGCCCCAUCCGCAACAAGGCCCGCGACCGAGCAGUCAAGGACCGCCCGCGCCUUCGAACCCUCCAUACCCCAUGAGUGAUGCGCCGCCUCCAUACCAAGCCUACUCAGAACAGCAGCGGCCACAGUCGCAACCACCGAUGCAACGAAUACCCAAUCAAAACGGCGGCCCUCAAUAUCAACCCUACAACCCCAACCAGAAUGGCGACACGCACUACUAUCCUCCAGAGAAGGUGGCGCAACGACCUUCAACGCUGCAGAACAUGUAUCGACCAUCAGACUACACCUCUUCGCAUCCACCACCCCAACAGUAUCAAGCCCAACCUCCUCCGCCCCCACCACUUCAACAGCAGACCAACGGCUACGCGCCGUCUGCUAGUGGGUACUUUGCGCCGGCAGGCCCGGGGCUGAGUCAGAUAGGCAGGACCCAGCAACUUCGACCGCCGCGUCGAUCAUCCACUUCAGGCUACCCAACAGCACAAUCUCCGUAUCGACGCGACUCCCGCUCGCGCUCACGAAGUCGCAGUCGAGACCGCGACAGGAAGCACCGGCAUAACCAUAACCGGCCAGGCGCGGAUCGGAAGAAGAGCAGUGGAACGAGCGCUUUCCUCGGUGCAGGUGGCGGUGCGCUCAUCGGCGAUCUCAUAUUCCCAGGCCUGGGAACGAUCGGUGGUGCUAUCUUGGGCGGCGUUGGUGGGCAUGAGUACAGCAAGAAGAGGCCUUCGAGUACGCCGAGUCGAGUCCACAAUCGGAAGUCGGGGGGCAAUGGUAAUGGCGAGUAUUAUGAGGACGAGAGGCGAGGGAGGAAGUACUGA